ACCCGCCGCCCGCGCCCAAGCCGGCGCUUGCCAUUAACGUUAGGCCUGUUUUACAAUUACUAUUCAUAUAUAUCUCUACUCUAGCGUCAGUUUCUAUGAUCUACUACUAUAUUACUGCCUUCUGGUGCUUGUGGUUCGUGCAUGGCGGUUUCGUUUUUGAUAAAUAAUGGAAUUAAACGUUGUCACAUUAAAUUGCUGGGGUCUCCCAUUCGGCAUCAGUAAACACAAGGGAGAGCGGAUGCAACACAUCGCCAAAGAAUUAGCUACAGGAGCCUAUGAUGUUGUAUCACUUCAAGAGAUCUGGGUCCUGAAGGAUUAUGAACUUAUAAAGUCAACAGUUAAAAAUGUUCUACCAUACAGCUUCUACUUCAGAAUGGGCUUGCAGAACGGGGGGCUCUGCAUGUUUUCAAAAUGGCCGAUCGUUGACACGUUCUAUCACCUCUACUCCCUGAAUGGAUAUGCCCAUCAAGUUUUUAUGGGGGACUGGUACACCGGAAAAAUGGUGGCGCUGUGCAAGAUAGACGUCGAAGGGAUGGCUGUAAAUGUCUAUAAUACCCAUGCCCAUGCUCUUUACGUUCCGUCCAACAUCCCUGAAAAAGACGACUUCCUGACGCAUCGAUUGACCCAGCUGUAUGAGCUCAGCGAGUUUGUGAGAUUAACUUCCGGGGGAUCCGACCUCGUGCUUGUGAUGGGCGAUUUUAAUUCAGAGCCGUUCUCUCUAGCUACCAAGCUUGCUCUCUCAAAUGCUGGAUUACUGGACUCCUGGGAGACAAGGGGUAAUAAAGAGUACACAGAUGGAAUGACAAUAGAAAGACUGGACAAUAUUCUUGCCAAAGGACAGACUCAUUGCUAUAUGAACACAAAUGAUGGAGAAAGGAUAGACUACAAUUUCUACCAGUCAUAUGGUCCCUACACAGCCAGGUGCCUUAAAACUACUCUCACUAUGCGGAAGAUUCCGGGUUCAGAUUUAUCUUAUUCAGACCAUGAGGGCGUUCUGUCGACCAUUCGUGUUACACGGUUAAAAGACAGCCAAGGUCAAGGGGAUGAAAAAUCAAAUGAGGAUGAUGAUGGGUCGCCUCACCAACAACUUCCAGAACUCUUGAAAGAGGCCAUCUCGGUUCUCUCAAAGAACAUUGAGAAGGUCAAAUCAGAUCAGAUGUGGUCUCGUCUCAAGGCUCUCUUCUGUUUCUUCCUUCUCCUGCUCUCUGUAUCGCUGGGAGAUGUCAGUCCGGUCCUAGCUUUCAUCUGGACGUGCGGUUUGACGCUUAUAACUGCUUUCUAUUUCUGCUUUGGAUUCAUCGUGGAGGAAUGCGAGAAGAAGACGGUAACGGGUAUCAUGGAAAGCAUGAAAGUUCGAUUAAGCGCUGUUGAGAAAAGGAUAAGGGUAAAUGGGAAGUAGAAGGAAGAAUAUGUAUUUUUCAUGUAUCUGUCAUUACACCUAUUUAUUUGGUUCUUGUUUGUCUAGUUGUGAUUGAUCCGUCCCUCGGAUAGGAUGUUAAAUGGAGAGUCGCCACCUUUGCCAAUCAGUUAUAUAGGGAGGAGAAACCUGCGAGUCAUAGUGAUGCCAAACAAAUAAUAUGUUUUGACUUCUAGCUUUAGGUUUUCUCCAAGUGACGUGGUAAUGAACACUAAGAUCUUUUUCUUUGGGGGGGGAUGCAUUGUGUAGUAUAAUCUUUUCUCUUGAUUAAUCUCACGACUUUGGUUUAAAACCGAAUGAAUUUUUAUGAUUAUUACCAGGUUCCUCAGAGAUUUCCUGAAGCUAUUUGUCCUCUUGCUUAUCACCAAACAUUCAUGCUUUCUUAGGAAUCAGUAUAAGAAGAAAUACUCAAGAAAGAUCCAGCCUAAUAAGUUAAUACCAAACAUUAAAAGCAUUUUAUUAGAACAUAGGAUGUGACAGCUUUCAAUGAAUGUGUGAAGGAAAGAUUGGUUGAAAAUAUGUUACAUUAUUCAACAUGAAUAACCAUUUCUUUCAAUACACACUAAAAUUUCCAUGACCAUUCAGGGUCCCAGGAUAUCUUUCCCCUCCCUAUCAAACUUCACUUGUGCCACUAUCUAUCAUAAACAUCUUGUUGGAUACCAAAUUUUUACAUUUUUUUAAAAUUUCAUUUUGAUUUCAAUUUUUAUUUUGUAUUCAUGAUGAAUCUACAGCGUUACAUAUACAAAGGUAAUACAAAUUUCACAAAACAAUAUAAUAGCCAUAAUAUAAGCAAAGGAAAAAUGAAUAUUAACAAGAUGCAUUAUUCACUUAAAAGAAACUGUCAUAGUUUAAAAGAAUGCAGGAGACCGCCAUCAUGAGUGAUUAAGAUUGAAAAUGAUGGCGGCCUUGUAAAA